UUUCUAACCAAUUUAAACAGCAGCUGAAAUCCGUGAAGUGUGUCUAUCAACGUGUUUAUCAAUCAAAAGGAAGCCCAGUACUGUUUUUCUUUAUUUUUUUCGGUGUUUGAUUGACGCAGGUUUCGGAAAGCUGACGCACAUGGGCGGAUUUUCUCCAGAGUCCACCUCUUCCAUUGGGCCGCUGCAGAGACUCAGCAACGCGAGUUCUUUUCCAUGUCAUAAAGCCGCUGGCAAAUAAUAGAUUAGGCAGAGCUGCUAGCGCGUCUCUUUACCUGGUGAUCGGAUCUUUCCUUUUUCAUCAACAGAUAACCGGAUUUCAGGACCGGAUUUCAGGACCAGUGCGGUUGGACAGCUCCAUACAGAACAUUGUGCAUCCCGUCUGCCGCAAAAUCGAACUGUUGUGCAUCGAGCACCGAAAGCCAGGGUCGCUACAUUGAGAAGGAAGGCGAUGGAAUUGCAAAGUUAAUUGGAGCUGUCCAGCAAAUUGUCUUCCCUUAACUUGAUUUCAGUAAUUCCUGAUAAACCUUCUGACAGAAAAUAUUGACCAACUAAAAAGCUAAUAUCAAGAUUUUUUGACAGAUUGUUUUUCAGUUCUUCUGUGGAUAGCGUUUGAAAGGAUGGAAUUGUUCGCCUUUGUCCAAAUUUGUGUAUUGCUUCUUUGCCAAGUCAGUGCUUUCCCCACACCUGAAGGUUCAGACGAUAAAUCUAUUUAUAACAGAGAACUGAGUGAAGAAAGGCCUUUACAAGAACAGAUCGCAGAAGCGGAUAGUGUCACCAAAUCCAUUCCUAAAGAAUCAAGAAAUGAUUCAGAUAGUGAUGAUUUCAACUUGCUAAGAUCUUUAGUUGAAAAGGUGAAGAAAGAGACUACAAAUGAACCUUCAAACAUUUCUUCAGUACCUGUACCAUAUGCAUCAGAAGAUUUAGAUUCCACUAAGGCCCGCAGGCUAUCAGAGGACUAUGACUCCACAAAAAAUGGAAUGGAUUACAGACUUCAAGAUGACCCAGAUGGUCUUCACCAGCUAGAUGGAACACCUCUGACAGCAGAAGACAUUGUUCAAAAGAUAGCAACAAGGAUCUAUGAAGAAAACGACAGAGGAGUGUUUGACAGAAUUGUUUCUAAAUUGCUAAAUCUUGGACUGAUCACUGAAAGCCAAGCGUACACAUUGGAGGAUGAAGUAGCUGAAACUCUACAACAGUUAAUAGCCAAAGAAGCACAAAACAACAUUGAAAUUGACAACAGCAACCUGGACUACCCUGCUGCGAGGACUGAUGACUACACCUCACUGAAACAGGACACAAUGCUUACAGACAAACCGAAGAUCAGGAAUGAAGAGGAUCACGUGCCCGAUGAUGUUGAUGACACUGUUGACAGCAGCUGGGCUCCUGCCAAUGAGAUGGAGCGCAGAAAUCAGUUGUCUACAGAAGAUGAACUUGAAGACCUUCAGUACUUCCCAAAUUUCUAUAACUUACUGAAAAGCUUGAAUUCAGAUAAAGACGCUAAAGAAAAGGAAACAUUGAUUACCAUCAUGAAAACACUAAUAGACUUUGUCAAGAUGAUGGUCAAGUAUGGAACUAUAACACCAGAGGAAGGAGUUUCCUAUUUGGAAAAUCUUGAUGCAAUGAUUGCUCUUCAAACAAAAAAUAAACUUGGAAAACAUCUUGUAUAUCCUGAUGUGACACAACUAACAGAUAAGUUUAAUGAUGAUGACAACACUAAAGAAGAAGCUGCCAAAAUGGAGAAAGAAUAUGAAUCUCUAAAGGACUCAACCAAGAAAGAAGGGAAAGUGAAUGCUGAGCCUGACCCUGCUGGGAAGACCGAAACCUAUUUAGAAGCAAUCCGAAAGAACAUCGAGUGGCUGAAGAAGCACAACAAGCAAGAAAACAAGGAAGAUUACGAUAUUUCAAAACUGAGAGACUUCAUGGACCAGCAAGUUGAUUCUUACAUCACCAAAGGAAUCCUGGAGAAAGACGAAGGCGAAGUCAUCAAGAGGAUUUACAGCAGUCUCUAGCACAAGAGGCAAAAAACGAGAAGUAAUAAACUGCAGGUCACUUCUAGAUGGUUGGCCAUUAUAACAAUAUUAACUAAAGGAAGUGGUAACAAUUUGGGAACAUUUUAUAAGCAAUAUAUUUUAAACUUAAUUGCAGUUCAAUUUUUUUUGUAACUUUCACAAAGUGUCACACACAAGUGUGACAAAGAAUACAAGGAGUGUCGCUAUGGCGAGAUCACUUGUGCCCCCCCCCCCCCCCCCCCAGCCGAUUGCAAGUUCCUCUUACAAAGCAAAGUGUGCGAUAGACCACCCCGAGGGGCCGCUUCUGUUUGAAAAGACUGCUUUAGUAGCAAACCGAAGGCUUUGUUUCUCAUUGUCCUCAUGAUACUCCGCAGCUGGUAGCGUAGCUUUUUGUUUCUCUGAAAUGAUUAAACGUAUCUCUUUACUAUCACAGAAAUUAACUAAACAGCUCUCACUGCUCAAAUCCUGCGUUUUGUGUCUCAUGACGUCACCCAAGCAUGUCGCAGCAUCUCCUGCUGGCCUCAGUCUGUGGAGUUGUGUUGCGGUUCUUGUACUCGUAAUCUCGGCCUUGUCUUGUUUCCAUUUUCGCAUGUACAGUAGAAUAAUAACCAGUUGCAGCCCAGAAUUGUGAGUCAAGUCGAGAAUUUUUAAGUGUAAAUAUUUGUGACUUUUUUUUUGGAAUACUGUAAACGCAUUAAAAAAAACCGAUGUCGCUUGUCAGAGCAGGUGAGCACAGUGUGGAUCAUCGCAGUAACGUCAGCCCACCUCACCCCGACACAAACAAACAAACA